AGUUGGGAAACUGUAGUUUACCAUUCAGCAGCAGUUUAUCUUCUUUUUAUCUUACCGGUUCAGAAGUUUAUCUUGGCGAGAUGGACCCGCAUGGGCCUGGAGGAGGACCGGGUUGGGGAGGCCCUGCAGGGUGGGGCCCAGGAGGGUGGGGUCCGGUUCCACCUGGUGGGCCUGGGUUUCCUGGUGGCCCUGGCCCUGGUUUCUGGGGGCCUGAGUUCGGUGGAUUCUUUGGAUCCUGCUUCUACCUCCUGUGCUGCUGCUGCCUGCUCCAAGAUUGCUGCGGUCCUCUGUUCGGACACCCGGGCCCUGGCGGUCCGUCGCCUCCUUUCUAGCCUGUGGAGCUGCGGGUCAUAUCCACCACAAGAAACAAUGCACUUGAGAACAAUUUCUAGACUAUGUAUCCGCGGAAACGCAGUUGUGUGAAGAUAUUGAAUCUUGGGAGUUCCCCUUGCUACUAUGUAAAUACUACUGAAAAGCAUACUCAUUGUCUUAGUAGUAUCUAUCCUGGAGAUCAUUAUUUCAGUCCUAGUUUUCAUAUCCUCAUGAGCUACAAUGUAUGAAUUGGAUCAAGUAUGAACAUGCUGAUUUCUUCUUUU